CACUGGGAUGUAACUGGGAGGCACUGGUGUGGCACUGGGAGGUCUCAGGGUGUAACUGGGAGGCACUGGUGUGGCACUGGGAGGUCCCAGGGUGUAACUGGGAGGCACUGGUGUGGCACUGGGAGCACUGGGACCCCCCGCAGGUGAUCGUGCAGCGCUGCCUCGCCGGCCGCUCCCUGACCCACGUCCGGGCCGGUUGCGUCGUCUGCGGGUACCUCAAAGUGCUGCCCAUGUUCCUCAUGGUCCUGCCCGGAAUGGCCGCCCGCGUCCUCUUCCCAGAGGUCGUGGGCUGUGCCGACCCCCAGGUCUGCGCCCGGGCCUGCGGCUCCCCCGUCGGCUGCUCCAACGUGGCCUAUCCCCGGCUGGUGCUCGGCCUCCUGCCCCCAG